AGAAUAUUAAUGACGUCAUCAGUGUUGGGUUUGGGCAGGACGAUUCGCCAUUUUGCAAGUGCUAGAAGCCAGAUUUUGAAGAGCGUUUUAAACAGAACACAGUGCACAAUGUCGUACAGAGACAGAGCUUUUGAUUCUUCAGGAAGAUCCGACAGGAAAGGGUUUGGUGGAUCUAGAUUUGGUGGCAGAGAUGACCGAGGUGGUUUUGAUAGGCGUGGUGGUGGCAGAGGGGGCAUGAGAGGUGGUAGCAGUGGUGGAAGGUCGUUGAAGGGAAUACAGCCAGGAGAGCGGCUACGGAAACCCAGAUGGGAUAUGUCGACACUGCACAAGUUCGAGAAGAACUUCUAUGUAGAACAUCCACAAGUUGCUGCCAGAACACCUGAAGACGUUCAGAAAUUCCUUUCAGAGAGGGACAUAAGUGUCGUCGGAAGAAAUGUUCCAACGCCAAUUUUUAAGUUUGAAGAAGCUAAUCUACCAGAUUAUGUUUUGCAUACAGUCAAGAGGAAUCAGUGGAAGGCUCCUACUGCAAUUCAGUCAACAGGUUGGCCAAUUGCUCUUUCAGGAAGGGAUUGUGUUGGAAUAGCACAGACUGGUUCUGGAAAAACUCUAGCAUUCAUUCUACCAGCAAUUGUACACAUCACAAAUCAACCCUAUUUAGAGCAUGGUGAUGGACCAAUAUGUUUAGUGCUAGUCCCAACUCGAGAACUUGCCCAGCAGGUGCAGGAGGUGGCCAUUGAAUUUGGUCAAACAUCACAAAUUAGAAACACUUGUGUAUAUGGUGGAGCACCAAAGGGACCACAAAUAAGAGAUUUGGAAAGGGGUGCUGAAAUUUGUAUUGCAACACCUGGUCGACUCAUUGAUUUUUUGGAAGCUGGAAAAACCAACUUGAGACGCACAACUUACUUGGUCUUGGAUGAAGCUGAUAGAAUGUUGGAUAUGGGAUUUGAACCUCAGAUUAGAAAGAUUGUGGAGCAAGUUCGACCUGACAGACAAACAUUGAUGUGGAGUGCUACAUGGCCUAAAGAAGUAAAGAAGAUGGCCGAGGAUUUCCUCAAAGAAUACAUUCAGAUCAACGUGGGGGCACUUCAGCUGCAUGCCAAUCACAAUAUCCUACAGAUCAUCGAUGUGUGUCAAGAAUAUGAAAAAGAAAACAAGCUUGUGAAAUUGCUAGAAGGAAUAAUGCAGGAAAGGGAAAACAAGACAUUGAUAUUUGUUGAAACAAAGCGAAAAUGUGAUGACCUCUCGAGGCGAAUGAAGCGUGAUGGAUGGCCAGUUAUGGGAAUCCAUGGAGAUAAAUCUCAGCAAGAGAGGGACUGGACUCUGAAUGAGUUCAGACACAGCAAAACGCCAAUCUUGAUAGCUACAGAUGUUGCAUCAAGAGGUUUAGAUGUGGAGGACAUCAAAUUUGUGAUAAACUUUGACUACCCAAAUUGCUCCGAGGACUAUGUACACAGAAUUGGCCGAACUGCCAGAAGCGAGAGAACGGGGACGGCUUACACAUUCUUUACUCCGGGCAACGCAAAGCAAGUCAAUGACUUGAUAAAUGUUCUACGAGAAGCCAACCAGAAUAUUAGUCCCAAGCUGAUCCAGCUGGCUGAGUCCAUGAGAGGGCAAAUGGGCAGGGGGCGUAGUCGAUGGGGCAGGAGAGAUGAUAGAGGUGGUCGUGGUUCUGGCCGGGAUCGAGACAGUUAUGGUGGCAGAUCCAGAGGGGGUUCGGGUUACGGAGGAGGAUCGAGCUCCAGCUCGGGGUUUGGGAGUAAGGGUGGAUAUGGUGGGUCAAGUGGGGGGUUUAACCAGAGUAGAUCCUCCGAUAGCAGCAGAGGCGGCGCCUACAGCAGCGGUCAUUCAUCACAAGGCACGUCGGCGUCAGGGCUUAAAAGUGCAAUAGGCAGUUACAACCAGGGUACCAGCGCGAACACCCGCGGUAGUCUGUCGACCAGGGGUGGGAUGCAGGGUAGGGGAGGGAUGUUCCAGGGUUCUACACGAGGGGGACACCAAGUGAACGGUUACGCGGGCCAAACAUCUCAGCCAGCUGGAACAGCUGCUGGCUCUGCCACUGCACAAGGUCAGCAGAACAUGCAGCAGAACAUGAACUGGCAGUACAGUCAGUGGAACACUGCUGCUCCCCCACCACCACCUCCCCCUCCUGCUUAUUAAUUAAGGUUUCAAACAUUGGGCACCAUCUUGUGUCCGUACGUGUCGUGAACUGUUUAAAAAGACUUAAUUAUUGUUACAUAUUGAACAUCCAGUCAGCUUAGCUGGUUGAAAGUACCUACAUCAUCGUCUGUGGACAUUUCUGUUUAACUGGUGGCUUCUUCGUGGUUAGAUUAGUCAUCUCCAUCAAAAUGUUUAGCUUCGUUGUCCAUCAGUGUUUGGCUUGGGUCUUGCUAAAAGGACGUAGGUCACUCUUUUAACUUCAUAUUUUAUUUUGUAAUUGUCAAUUUUAUUAUUUAAUGUUAUAUUGUAUGUACAUAACAUGAAAAUAAAUUUGUGAAUUAGUC